AUGCCUGUCAUUCCAGUACAGUAUGAAAGUUUGAAGGCGAUUCUGCCGUACCUAGACCCAAAUACACGAUUCCGAAUAUCUCUUCGAAUGCCUUCAAUCAGCUCCCUUGAGAGACGUCUACCGCUGAAAAUCGAGAAUCUGAAGUUUUCUCAUUUUGAUUCAAAAGUAAACAAAUUCUCCUAUCGAAUUGGUUUGUACCUGGAUUAUGGACACAAUGAAAUUCCGUGUGAUGUAUAUGAUUCGAAUUGUUCUCGAGGAUCUUCUAACGACAUUGAUCAAUAUGGAUUCACUAUUUACCCCGGAGUGAACAACGUACUUCCAGGAGAUAUAGAUUUGAGAAAAGGAAACCGGCGAACUUCUCGUAAUGACAGUGACAGAAAGGAGCAAUAUAUAGUUCAACGACUAAGAAUUUAUAAAAUGGUACUGGCUGAAAAAUUGAAUCAGGAAUAUAUUGAAGACGACGAGACAAGAAGAAUUGCAGUUGGUGCCUGGGAUCCAUCGUUAGAGGUCUCAAUUCGAAGAAGCACAGCAACCAAUUCUAUUGAAGAAAUUCAGUCAGCUAUUGAGACGAUCCGUUGGGAGUUAAAGCCGUUCAACAAUCGUCGUGACAACAGUACUCCGCCAUAUACUCCCUGGAUCCAAUUAUCCGUCAAUUCUCCAAAAGGAAUCACAAUUCAACGUGUUCGAUACAAGAAAUAUCUUCAUGAAGCGGAAAAGAUAAUGCACACGAAGCUGUUUGGAAAUCGUAGUGAGGCCAUAUCUGUGAAGAAUCUGAAAGUCGACUUGGACAAUCGAAUUCUUCGAUUUCCUGCGGGUGCUAUCCUGAAAAUCGAGAAUUUAGAAGUAUCCGGUUGGAGUGCAACACAUUUCGAGUGCCUGAAGAGUAUCAUUGAUCCGUCAUCAUUACCAAUUCAACAACUCAAAAUGAAGAGCUCCCCUCGCGCUCCAGAUUUUCGGCACAAUAUUGUGAAGGAAUCACAGACAUUAAUUAUUGAUAACCGAAAAUUUGAUAAUUCUUCAUGGACCCCAAUCCUUCUGAAUCUGGCCAAUCGAAGAGUAUAUUUGAUGAAUGAGAACGCACGGAAUCCUCCAAAUGAUUAUGUCGAUUUGAUUGAGAAUUGGCUUGAGACAGGACGUCCGGUUGGGACUACGUUCAGUAUGGGAAUCAAAAACGAGGAGACCGUGAAGCAAUGUUUGGAUACUCUGAGACAGCGACAAGAGGUUUUGGGAUUGACAGAGAAACAAGUAAAACUCCGCAUCAAUGCUUUAUUGAUGAUCGAUGUCUCCUACGAAACUAUUGAACAUUCAGAAAACAGUUUUACUUCUGAAAAUGCUUCCAACUUGUGGCUGAGAUUGAAAGUGGUUCGUCGACGUCCGGAAUAA